UAGCCUUAUCUCAAAUUUCCAACCCAACCUCAAAUUUUUCGUUCUUCAUUAUGUCAUCGUGUAUAAUUUUGAAUAUUUCAAUUAAUUGAUAAACUAGCAUUAUUAUGUUACGGUCUUUCUAGAUACAGUGAUUAAAAUAGAGGCGUUUAUUAGUAUUAGUAAUGGAGAAUCAUGAUACUUCUGCAAAAGCUGAACAAAAUAUUGAUUGUAAUGGCAAGAAGGAAGAAGAGGCGGAAGAAGAAGACGACGGUGAUGAUGAUGAUGAAGACUCACUGUCGGAGGAAGUGGAGCCGAAACUCAAGUACACCCGGAUGACGCAUGAUCUCGCCAAUAUAUUAUUCAAGGAUGCUGCUAGCUGUGUUGCUCUCCAUCCUAAAUUCAUCUGCGUUGGAACACGUUGGGGCUCAGUGUACCUGCUGGAUCACCAGGGUAACAAAUCACAAUCAGGCGUCACGCUUCGUUCUCAUUCAGUUUCUGUCAAUCAAAUUAGUAUGGAUGCCAAAGGCGAACAUGUAGCUACUUGUUCGGAUGAUGGUAAGGUAUUUGUUUAUGGACUUGAUAAUGUUGAGGAUAGUUUCAACAUGGAAGUGCCUCGAUUGGUGCGUUGCGUGGCUAUCGACCCGCUCUACUACCAACCACGUUCAGGAUCUCGUUUUGUUACUGGAGAUGAAAGGCUGGUUCUUCACGAGAAAGCAUUCUUCUCGCGGUUCAAAUCAACAAUCCUGAGUGAAGCGAAGAGCGAGGGUGGUGUUCAAAACAUUCGCUGGAGUCCAAAUGGCUUUCUCAUUGCCUGGACCACCAAUCUCGGCGUUAGAAUCUACGACUUGAAUGCUCGAUGUUCGCUUGGAUUGAUCAAAUGGACAAGAACGUCAAAUGCCUCAUUUGAAAUCGUUGGAAGUGAAAUCUGUUGUGUGUGGGUUGCAGUGUGCACAUUCCAGACGGAGUUUGUGAUCUGUGGAGUGGCGCCGCUGGGCGACCAGCUGGUGGUGCUGGGCUGGUGCCAGGAUGGGGGUGACGGGGAGGGGGGAGAGCCGCAGCGACCGCAGUUGCACGUGAUCGAGCCGCGUGCAGCCGACACCUUUCUCGACGCAUCCACCGACAGUCUCACGCUGCGCGGGUACCAGCACUAUUCUGCCAACGACUACCAUCUAGAGUGCCUUGUUGAAGAGAACCAGUUUGUGGUUGUCAGCCCGAAAGACAUCAUCCUAGCUAGUCCUUACAAUGCUGAUGACAGAGUCGACUGGCUGUUGGAACAUUGUAAAUUUGAAGCAGCAAUGGAAGCUGUUACAAGCAACAGUGGAAGCUUGAUGCGACAUACCAUUCUGAGUGUUGGCCGUUCCUAUCUGGACCAUCUACUCUCGCUCAACAAAUAUCAUCAAGCAGCUAAACUAUGUGUUAAGAUAUUAGGUAAUCACUCAUUGAAAUCGAGUUUCACACUACCGGUAUGUCGAAAUAUAAUGAACUACCAAAAUGUUUUACUCCAUUCACUUGGUUUCAUAACUUAUGUAUUUUUCAUAACUUUUGUAUUUGUUAAAUUUCAGGGUUUCUUGAGUGUUGUCAAGGAAUGGUCUCCAAAGUUAUACAAUGUGCCUGCUGUGAUCAAUGCUGUGAUGGAGAUAUUUUUAGUUGGCGAAACUUCACAUCGUGCUAUAUUUUUGGAAGCUUUAGCGAUACUUUAUUCACAUGAUGGACAAUAUUCUAAAUCGCUGGCUAUGUACUUGAAAUUGAAAAAUAUUGGAGUUUUUGAUCUUAUUCAUCAGUAUUCGCUUUACGAUGUUAUACAUGACAAAAUAGAAGGCCUGAUGGAGUUGGAUUCUUCACGAGCAGUUACGAUGUUACUCGAAAAAGAACGAGUAUCUCCCGAUGUUGUAGUAGCUCGUUUGCAGAACAAUAAAAUGUUCCUGUUUCUUUAUUUGGAUGCACUGGAGGAGAAGCGCGACAUGAAGGUGCAGUCGCGGAAGUACCACAGUAUUCUGGUGAGGCUGUACGCGGACUUUGCCCGCGAGAAGCUGUUACCUCUGCUCAGGCGCAGUGACCACUACCCCAUCCAGGAGGCGCUCAACAUUUGCAAGCAGCGCCGCUACAACCCCGAAAUGGUCUACCUACUAGGUCGUAUUGGAAAUACCAAAGAAGCUCUCGAUUUGAUAAUAAAGGAACUGAAGGAUAUCGAGCAAGCGAUCAACUUCUGUAAAGAGCAUGAUGAUGAGGACUUAUGGGAAGAUCUUAUCAAUCAUUCAUUAAAGGUUCCUGAGUACAUAACAUUCCUUCUGCAAAGGAUCGGUACAUAUGUUGAUCCAAGAAUAUUGAUACAGAGGAUACAGGACGGCUUUCAAAUUCCCGGUUUGAAAAAUUCGCUAGUAAAAAUAAUUACCGAUUACAAUUUGCAGGUAUCCGUCCAAGAAGGAUGCAAGAAAAUUGUGGUAUCUGAUUAUUUUAAUCUCCAUAACAGAUUGGUUUCAAUGCAGCAACGAGGGACCUGUGUUGACGAUGAAAAGUAUUGUGGUGCUUGUCAUCGAAAAAUAAUAAUGAAAGAUCUGAGCCAAGCUGAUGAUAUUCUAAUGUUUUAUUGCAAUCACUCAUUUCAUAAACAAUGUCUACCUGCACUUGGUGUGGUGAGUUGUACCAUAUGCAGAUCGCAGAGGUCUGAUAUUAGUCAUCCAGCCAUGACCUUCGAUUAGAGUAGUAAAAUUAUAUCUUGAAACAUUAUUAAUUAUUAUAUAUAAUUGUACAAAGUAUAGUAAUUUAUUUUACUCUGAUGUGAAUACGCUAUAGUGAUAAUAACGCCAUCAUAGAUUACAUUUACAUGUUGAUUUUUUUAUUUGAUGAUAUACUAUUUUAUAAAACUUAUUCUAUUCGUUAAUA